AUGGCGCCGGCCGUCUUCAGGCCACUUACCAGCCGCUUCGUCGAGCGGUGCGCCCCCAGUGGUCCAGAGCUGGUGCGCCGCUCCCGACUGCCACAGACUGCCACCGAGCCGGGUCGGCCGUUCCGGGCGUUGGACGACGCCUGCCGUACACUGUACGAUACCUUCAGGCGCGGCGCCAAGCUCUCCAACAACGGCCCCUGUCUGGGCUGGCGCGAGGCAGACAAGCCGUACCAGUGGAUCCACUACAACGAGUCGCUUCUGCGCGCGCCAAGAACUUCGCCGCAGGCCCUGGUCGCCUCGGGCCUGAGUCCAGGUCAGGACACCAGCGUGGGCGUCUACAUGCAGAACUGCCCGGAGUGGGUGCUGACGGAGCAGGGCUGCUACUGCUUCAGCAUGGUGGUGGUGCCGCUGUAUGACGCUCUGGGGGAGGCUACCUGCGCCUACGUCAUCGAUCAGGCCAACCUGACGGUGGUGGUGGUGGACAAGACGACACCCGUCUCACACCACGCUUUUGAACCGUCGACCGCGACGCCGCCGCGGCCCGAGGACCUGGCCACCAUCUGCUACACGGCCGGCACCACCGGCUCCCCCAAGGGCGUGAUGCUGCCGCACGCCAGCCUGGGCGGCCUGUGCACGCGCUGGUGCUGCAGGCUGGACUCUCAUGCGCCAGCCAGCGGCGAUACGCUCGUCUCGUUCCUACCGCUGGCGCACAUGCUGGAGCGCGUCUGCGAGGCGGUGAUGUACGCGCAGGGCGGCGCGGUGGGCUUCUUCCGCGGCGACCUGCGCGGCCUGGCGGCUGACCUGCGCCAGCUGCGUCCCACCGUCGUGCCCAUGGUGCCGCGGCUGCUGAACCGGCUGCGCGACCGAGCCUGGGCCGAGGUCAGCACGAGCCCGCUGCGGCGCCGUCUGCUGCGCUGGGCGCUCGCCGCCAAGCACGCCGAGGUCAAGAGGUCAGUGGUGCGGCAUGACUCGGUGUGGGACCGGUUUGUGUUCCGGCGCACGCGGGCCUCGCUGGGCGGCAGGGUGAGGCUGGUGGUGGUGGGAUCUGCGCCUACCGCCUCCGCCGUGCUCACCUUCGCACGCUGCGCCCUCGGCUGCACGGUGCUGGAGGGGUACGGACAGACCGAGUGCGCGGCCGCCUGCACGCUGACGCUGCCGGGAGAGGCGCGGCCCGAGCACGUGGGGCCGCCACUGCCCUGCUGUGAUGUCAAGCUGGUGGAUGUGCCGGAGCUGGGCUACUUCGCCGUAUCCGGCCAGGGCGAAGUCUGCGUGCGCGGCAGCAACGUCUUCAGGGGCUACCAUCGUGACCCGGAGCGCACGCGGGAGGCGCUGGACGAGCAGGGCUGGCUUCACACCGGCGACGUGGGACAGUGGACGCCAGCCGGCACCCUCAGCAUCAUCGACCGCAGGAAACCCAUCUUCAAACUGGCGCAGGGCGAGUACGUCGCGCCGGAGAAAGUGGAGGCCGUCUACCUGGGCUCCCGCUUCGUCGCGCAGCUCUUCGUGCACGGAGACAGCCUCAAGUCUUACGUGGUGGCGGUGGUGGUGCCGGCCGUGGUCGCGCUGAAGGCCUGGGCCGCCUCCGCCGGCAUCCCGGGCACGCUGUCGGUGCUGUGCCAGUCGCAGGCGGUGCGGGAGAUGGUGCUAGAGGACAUGGCGCGCCUGGCCGAAAAAGCUGCGCUCAAGGGCUAUGAGCAGGUAAAGGAUAUUUACCUGCACCCGGACCCGUUCAGCGUGCAAAACAACCUUCUCACCCCUGGUCUCAAGUCAAAGCGACCCGAAAUGCGACGAUAUUUCAAGCCACAGCUGGAUGAUCUCUACGCAAAACUGGGCUGACGCUCAGUGCUGCCAUCUCGUGUGCGUUCGGCGAACAUGGGUGGGAUGCGUCGCAGCUGUUGAUGGCGGUGGCGUCGUUGAUACAGAUUGUCGGUGGUUGAAAGUGUGUGCGUUUUGGAGUGAUGCUAGGCGAGAUGGUAGAAUCCGUGCAUACUCUUUGAUGAGAUCCCGCUUUGCAACGUGGACUCAUCUGCUGGUGUUUCAUUGACGCUUGGCAUUGAGUUGGCAUUCAUCAGAAUGUUAAGAAAACAUGUUCAUCGCCCCAGUACUGACUCGCUCAUUUCGCGUAUCUUCUGAACACGAACUGUUCACAUGUGCUGAGUCGUAAAAUAAGCGAUGAUAUUCGGUUAUUCCCAUGUGAAACUUCGCAGAGCUCCCUUUAACUACAUAUCUCUACGAAAACGGUACUGUGUGGCAACAAAGCGCACGUUAAGGUGCUUCCACCAAUGUUUUUGUCCCCAA